AUGCAUUCCUUCAAACAAGUCUUUAUAAUCAUCCUAAUGAUGGCUGUCGCCAAAAUCACAGCAGUGCCUACCAACUCGUCCAUGAUAGCCACCAAUAUUACCUCAGUCUCUGGUACAAAUGCCUCCAUGCUGGCCACAAACAUCUCGAUGGAAGUGGCACAGCUAGAGCAACGACAAGUUUUCAGACAUUGCGAGAUCAUUGGACGCAACUCGGUGCACCUCAUCGUCUACCCAUUCAAUGACGGCAUCCAUAAUUUCGGUCUGGUCGAAUUUAGUCCCAAAUGCCUUCCGGGGCUCAAGGACGAGAUCAAGAAGCGGUGUUGCGACCGCAUCAACAACUGGGAGUGUCGAAUCGACCCCGGCCGGCCCGCAAUGGGCUAUCAGAUCGCCUUCACGUUUGGCAUCUUUUGCAAACGCCCGGACCACUGCAUCGAGGACGCCUACUUUGCCGUGAAUCACGAGGACCCAAGGGAGGACUUCAUUUGCGUGUAG